GACAACAAGUCUUUUUGAAAACGCACUUUUAAUUCUCUUUGGUCUUAUCAAGGCGGUUUUAGCUCCUGACAUGAAAUUGAUGAUUCACUCACUGUGGUUGAAAUUUCUAAUGACAACCGAACCUCUUCACCAAAAACGCCAGUGUAGAUUAUUUGAAUAAAUCAAAGCAAGAACAUGAACUGGAAGAGAAAGAAAACCAUUUGAAGACUUGUUGUGUAUGUCGCUUUUGUGUCUAACGGAAUUAAUGUAUUUUCAUUUCAAGAUUCGAAUUUGUUGGACAAUUCUGAUACUUUUCUGCAUUGGAAGCAUUUGGUGGUCAGAUAUCUAUAAAGAAUUUACUUCAAAGUUUACGCUGACAACGAUUAGGGAAGAAUCCAAAACAUCACUUCGAAAGAAAUAUUCCGUGGACUUUACAAACGCUCGACAACUUGAAGAUCGAAUACAGGCCCGAAGAAAGAUGGUUGCGGAUUACUGCAAGAGGCACAAAGCCAGUGACUCUCUAUUUGGAACUAAUCUCCGCUAUUUUCUGGUCUUUCGGAAGAGAAAAGUUAUCUAUUGUUUUGUCCCGAAAGUUGCAAGUACGCAAUGGCAGAAAGAACUCUUCGUUUUGAAAGAGGAAGAUGAGGAAAUGUCUCGUGAUGCAAACGUUACUGUAGCUAAGAACAACUUGAAUUACUUUUCUGAGCAAGAAGCACGGCAAAUGCUGAAGAGUUAUUUCACGUUCCUGUUUGUUCGCGACCCGAUGGAACGCAUACUUUCAGCUUACAAAGACAAGUUACUAGAAGACAACAAAAUUUUCCGACACGCAAUUGGCAGAAAAAUCAUCGCACGAUUUCGGCCAAAUGCUACUCAACAUGCCCUCGAAACAGGGAGCGUUGUUACGUUUCCAGAAUUCACGAGUUUUUUGCUGCAAGCAAAAGAGUACGAUGAACACUGGAGACCAUUUGACAACCUUUGCCAUCCUUGUGCAAUUAACUUUGAUUUUAUUGGACAUUACGAAGAUCUCGCUGAGGAAGCUCCUUAUUUGGUAAAAAAGGCGGGAAUUGACGACCGCGUUUCGUUCCCUCCUGUUCGCGCGUCGAACACCACGGCUGAUCUGUUGCAAUAUUAUUCACAAAUUCCUAAUACGAAAAUCUUGCAGUUAGCAAAGAUAUACGAAAACGACUAUAAAAUGUUUAACUUUCCAUUCCCAGGUAAACUGGCAAAGCUCUUUGAUUCUGAGGAAAGCUGAGAACAUAGAUUUGGAAAUCUUAUGGGAAAUCAUUUGAAUUUCAUUUCUGAAAUUCAUUUUGAAUUAAUUUAACUGAUUUUCAUCAGAAGCUAAAACUGGAUAUGAAAGUAAAGUAUUUUAUUCUGGUAAA